GGGGUACCAUGCUACUACUACUGGGGCCGGGGUGCGAAGGUGAGCACAGAGGGGACGGAGUUUCUCCGUGUCCCCUAGUAGCACGGCUACGCACGAAGCUGCUUUAGCCCUGCGUCGUCGUUUCGGGCUAGAACAGGUUUGGGUCAGCCGAGAUUUAGCUCACAAGACAUCGCUCCGCUGGUCUUCGGUUGAGGUUAAAGAAGACCGAUAAGAAAACUUCGUGUGAUGCAUCAACAAAAGCCGAUCCAUCGGGGAGGAAAUGAUCAUCAGCGAUUUCCAGUAAAGUACACGGCCGUUUCCCGUGCGGAUGCAGCCUGGGACAAUGAUAUGCAGCUAUCAGGCCCACCGUACGGCUUUAGUACGGCUUACCUUAGGAGAUUAUUUUUUAGGGCCAUUUUGGCCGAUGACCGGUAUGUAUGUACUCCGUACUCCGGGGAACAUUGAUGCCAUGGACCUGCCCUUGGAGGCCUUGGACAUGGAUUACACCAUCACCUCGGCUUUCCCGGUGCCUGGAGAGAGUCAACAGUGGUUCCUGAAACUUUGUUGCUAUGCCAAUAGCACGUCAUUGUCCAGUCCUCCACCCUUGCAAGCCCAGUCCGAACGGGGGCCCUGGCAAAGAGACAGAAAAAGCAAAAAUAGGGCAGAAAAAGCGAGGGAGGGAAGAGGCCCUGUGUGCGUCAUGCAUCAGCGUUCAGCCAGCCUUCCCUUCCGGCUCCAGAGCCUCGGCGAUGCUGCAAAUCCUCGCCUUUUCGUCGGCUUUUGCCGUCUAGUUCCGGGCACGUUGCCCACUACAUUUCCACUCUGGGUGAUUCUAAUAUGAAAAGUUUGGGUUCGAUGUUCUACGGGGCUUCUU